AUGGGGUGCGCGUCCUCUAAGCGAGUGGAGACGGUGGUGGUGGCGGACGUCUACCGGCCGCCGCCGACGAGCAUCGCCGUGUUCGACAUCAACACGAUAGAGGAGCCCUGGCUCAUCACGGCCACGGUGGACGGCAACGAGGUGGCAGCGCCGGAGCCGGAGAAGAAGACGGCGGCGAACGUGACGCUGCCAAUCCUCGACAAGUUGGACUCCUUGGAGCAGGCCCCUCAGUCCUGGUCCGAAGUCAGCAAGGCGUUGGAGGACCUGAAGCCCUCUCUCCGCAACCCCCCGCCGCCGGUCAAUUCCCCGCCCUCUCCUUCUCCUCCUCCUCCUGCACCAGCUCCGGCAGCAGCGCCGCCGGCGAGGAACCAGUCCUUCCACACCCUCGAGGAGCUCGAGGCCAAGCUCAACUCCGACAACAAGACCAGCAAGAAAAGCCCCAACGGGCCCUCUCCCUCUCCUCCGCCUGCACCAUCUCUUUCUACCGCCGCCGCCCGUCCUUCGCGGCCAGUGCUGCUGGAGGGCGUGCGGCCGGUGACCCAGAACAGCUUCCUACUGAGGGACAAGGAGGAGAGAGAGAAGAAGGCGGGUUCCAUGCCGGAGGACCCAACGCGGCGGUGGCGGCGGAACCCGCUGGACGGCUUCCAGGAGAUCUGCCCACCGGGCGGCGCCGACGGCGUGGUCCUCUACACCACCUCCCUGCGCGGGGUGCGCAGGACCUUCGACGACUGCGAGCGGGCGCGGCAGCUGGUGGAGGCGCACUGCCUGGCCAUGGCGACGGAGGUCGACGAGCGGGACAUCUCCCUGCACGGGGAGUACCUCAAGGAGCUGCGGGAGCUUGUGGGGGAGGAGGCCGCAGUGCCGAGGCUGUUCGUCAAGGGGAGGUACGUCGGGGGAGUCAACGAAGUGGUCGAGUUCAACGAGACGGGUCGCCUGAGGCUGAUCUUGAAGCUGGCGAGGGACCCCGCCGCCGCCGCAGCCGAGGGCGGCAGCCAGGGGCGGCGGGUCUGCGGCGGCUGCGGCGGCGCCCGGUUCGUCCCCUGCUCGGACUGCAACGGCAGCCGCAAGGUGGUGCUCGAGGAGGGCGGCAGCCGCAAGGGCGCCGCCGCCGCCACGGUGACGUGCGCCCGGUGCAACGAGAAUGGCCUGGUGCAGUGCCCCCUCUGCCGCUAG